AUGAUAACACAACAAGCAUUAACACCAUUGAAUAAUAUUAUUCAAGAAAUGAAACAAGAUAAACCAACAACAUUUGAUCAAUUAAUUGAAAUUAUUAUAAAUAAUAUCAAUAGAGUUACAAUGGAACAAUUCACAACAGAUAGAAAUCAAACAAAAAUGAAAAAAACAAGAAAGAAUUUAUCGACAUCAACUGUUCCAACAGUUGAUUUAAAUAAUAAUGAAGAAGUUAAAAUAAUGCUUUAUCAAUGGUCAAUCGCUAUAGAUUCUAUAGGUCAAACAGUUCGAGUUAUCUUGAAAUCACUUGAACAACUUUACUGUACAUCUGUCUGGGAAUAG